CCCUCGCUCUCUGUCUCUCCGGCUGCAGACCCCGCCGUGAUUUCCCCCCAAGACCCCACGCUGCUGAUCGGUUCCUCGCUGGUGGCCACAUGCACGGUCAGCCCGGACUUUCCGCUGAAAGCCGAGGAUCUGUACUGGACUCUGAACGGACGGCGCCUCCCGGCCGCGUCCUACGCUGCUCUGGGCCCCUCCACGCUCAGCGUGGCCCUCGCUCGCCUCAACGGCUCCAGGCAGCAGUCAGGGGACAACCUGGUGUGUCACAGCAGAGACGGCGGCAUCCUGGCCGGCUCCUGCCUUUAUGUUGGAUUACCCCCAGAAAAACCAGUCAACAUCACCUGCUGGUCCAAAAACAUGAAGGACCUGACCUGCAAGUGGGUGCCGGGGACAGAAGGGGAGACCUUCCUGCACACCAACUACACCCUCAAGUACAAGCGCAGGUGGUACGGCCAGGACAACACCUGCCAGGAAUACCACACGGCCGGGACCUACUCCUGCCACAUCCCCAAGGACCUGGCCCUCUUCACGCCCUACGAGAUCUGGGUGGAGGCGUCCAACCGCCUGGGGGUGGCCGUGUCCGACGUGGUCAUGCUGGACAUCCUGGACGUGGGUGAGCCCCCCGGUGGCGCUGACCUGGCGGGGAGGGGCCGCGCUGGGCUGGGGGCAGCAGGAAAUGGGCGAUACGGGAGCACAAUUGCUCCUAAUCGAAUCAGGCUCUCUGCUCCGAGCGCCUUUGAC